UAUGGGGAGUUUCACACUGUCCUGGGGUUUGCUGUCGCAGUUGCUGCUAUUUCAUUUCAUAUUGACAAGGAUUUAUCCCCCAACAUGAAGCAUAUAUUCUUAUUAAUUAGCAUCUGUUUGUUCGUUGGUUGUGCUUCGGAUGUUAUAAGAGCAAGAAAAGCGUCUGCAGUGUUCUGUUCUUUCAAAGAGAAAACAUACAGUCCUGGAGACAGCUGGCAUCCUUAUCUGGAACCCUUUGGUUUCAUGUUUUGUAUGCGGUGUUCCUGCACUGAGACAGGCCAUGUGAAAUGUAACACAAUUAAGUGUCCUACUCUGCGGUGUGACAACCCAGUGACUGACUCUCAGCAGUGCUGCCCUCGCUGUACAGAUGAGCCUAGGAUCCCAGCAGGCUUGAGAGCCCCAGUGAAGUCCUGCAGGUAUAAUGGAACUUUCUACCAACCAGGGGAGACCUUUGCCAACCAUGACCUCUUCCCAUCUCGACAAACCAACCAGUGUGUCAUGUGCACAUGUUCAAAUGGAAAUAUUUUCUGUGCCCUGAAAACUUGCCAGCCGCUGACCUGCUCCUCACCAGUCUCAUUCCCAGAUACCUGCUGUCUGGUGUGCAAAGAUGGUGGCAUUAAUGGGUACUCAUCAGUGGAGGAUGUAGGCCAACAGCUGAACCGAGGCGUUAGGCAUUCAGUGGACCAGUGUGCUGGAGAGCAGUUUCGAGGGCGGUCUGUCCGCUCUACUCCAUCCACUGUCAGGGGUACUCCCAGAGGCCUGAGCCUGCCCAAGCUCCACUUCAAAGGUGCUGCAGAGACCACUGUGAAUUUCCUGCUGCAGAAAAAGCACCAGAAGGCAUGUCAGUACAGCGGAAACACCUACUCUCAUGGUGAUGUGUGGCACCCAGUCCUGGGGAAGGUCCUGGAGUGCAUUUUGUGCACCUGUAAGGAUGGCAUACAGGACUGCAAACGCCUCUCAUGUCCCAGCCAGUAUCCAUGCCAACAUCCCGUUAAAACCGUGGGGAAAUGCUGCAAGAUUUGUCCAGAACAUAAUGCUGAGAGCAACAGGACUGACUGUUACAUGAAUCUUGGACAUGACAAUAACAACCUCUUGGUGUACAAAGUUAAGCCAUCGUCAAAGGUUCACACAGAGGACACGGUUAGGAUAAUUGCUAUUGAAAGACAAGGGACUGCUGAAGUUGAAGUGCAAGUAUGGAAGACAGUAGGAGAAGUUUUACAAUUAAUGGAAACUGGGGAAGUUCUGAAGAAAGAUCUUCUAGAUAAUCCAGAUAACUACACUUUACUGGCGACAUUGGAUGAAGAGACUUGGAAAAGAUUCAAGGAGGAAGAAGACAACCAGAAGGAAUUUCCCAAGACCAGGACCUGUGAGGAUGGUAUCAGGGAGGUAGUGAAGUUCUUGUAUCCAGACCAGCUAGAAAGCCUGUGCUCUUCUUAACUCUCAUCCCCUGACUUUGACAUCAAUGGAAAAUGCACAGCAUUCAUGUGCAUUUCAUUAAACAUGAAACAUAGCACUGCUUAUUGGUUAUAGAAUAACAAGCUUUUGUUUAUUUUUUAAAUGUCAUCAUAACUCAUUACAAUGUGAUGUUCCAUAUUCUCAGUAACAAUUAGUCAGCAGAAUUGUCAACAUUGUUGGUAGCAUUUGGUAGUAGAAGAAACCAAAAUGGAAAAAAUACUUUCAAUGAAUUACAGUUGUUUUCUGGCAUACUGGAAUACAGUAAAAACAGUAUUAUCUAAAAAAUACAGGUGUACAUGUAUAUAAUAGAAAAUACACUGGGCAAAUUAGACAGCCAUCUGGCAAUAACACCUUUAUAGAGUAGACCAUAUUUACAAUCACUUUACUGUUCUGCUAAAUACUGCUGUUUGAAAUUGUAUGCCUUUUCAGAAUGUACCGAGAAAUAUUCAUUAACAUAUUUAUUGUAAAUACAAAUAUGCUAACAGAUGUCAUUUUGAGGCAGAGCGUACAACAUUGGUUUGUUUGACAUGUUUGUUUGUACAUUCUGUAGACAUUUGAGUGUGUACUGGAAGGUCCUUGCCUGAGACGCCAUGGCUUUAGUUCAUUGGGCUAUACUGCCCUACCAAGCAAAAAGGCACUAACUGCUCAUUUGGUUGAAAAUGAGUUCAUGUCAUUUUUCUACAUUAAAUACAUGCUUAAACAUGUGGACAAGUAUCCUGCCUCUAUUGUAUUGUGUUUUGGAGAAAAUGGGGGUCAUGUUAGCAGUUACUGCAUAAAGUUACUGUGAAACCAAGGUAAAUAAAAACUAUUUUUCUCAGUUCCACGCUAUGAGCAGUUACUGCCUUUAUGCUGGUAGGGCAGUGUACAUAUAGGGCCCUACCAGAAAAUGUGGGUUUGAUAUCUGGGCAUCGGUAUUGCCCUGCAACAGCAGUUGUAUCUAUUCUUUCAUAAGAGUGGCGACAUUGAUUUGCUGGAACUACUUUCUAUUAUGUUCUCUGAGGUGUUUAUCAUUAUGUUUGGCCAGUUUUCUACAGACCAAGUUUCCAUGGGAUUAUGUGUGAUUUCAGGACUUGAUGCACCUUUCUUCCCUUUGCACAGUGGCAAGGCAUUCUUGCACGUGAUUGACAAGGCUAAAAGUUGGAGCCAACCAAAAAUAUGAUAUAGUUGAGCUCUACCUGAGGCAAGAAUUCCUGCACAAAUCAGGCUGUUGUUAUUCCUUGGACUACCCUCCAGUGAACCCAGUCGGACCAGGGGAAUUUCUCCUUUAUAAAUUGUGCCUGUAAUUUGGAUUUGUGCUCCAGUGCUAUAGUUUGUUUUCUCAAGGGUUGUAAUGGCCUAACAGGAUGAGCACAACAAUAGAGCUCUGUUAAUUUGAUAUAAAUGUAGGUCAUGAGUUGGAAGGACACCAACAUUUUCCAAUACAGAGAACUGAAGAAGAAGAGAGGGCUCAGGGAGGAAUAAUAUUGAAAAAUAAGAAUACUGUUGAUGGAGGAACCAGUCUUUAAAAAAAGGUAUAGAGCAUGGUUUCCCAAACUCAGUGUUGCCCCUCAGGUACACAUUUCGGUUUUUGCCCUAGCGCUACACAGUUGAUUCAAAUAACAAACUCAUCAUCAAGCUUUGAUGAUUUGAAUCAGCUGUGUAGUGCUAGGGCAAAAAACUAAACGUACACCCAGGGGGGGCCCAAGGACCAGGUUUGGAACACACUGGGAUAGAGCACAACAGUAACAUGCUUGUCAAAUAGUUAGACGAUUUGCCGUAUGUAUAAUACACCAAACCCAAGAAAAAUAAAUCCUUGGUCUUUAAAAAUG